AUGAGGGAUAUAAUGAAUAGUGCUUGCUCCAGCGGUGAUUGCGGCGCGCAGACGGCGUCGCGGCGACGGGUCGACGGCCGCGCCCGGAAUAACCAGCAGCAGCAGCUAUAUUUGCAGCGGCGAGGGGAGAGGCCGAGGGAGGAGGGGGGGCACCAGCGCGUGCCAUUUCUGCACCAGCGGCCGGUGCAUCUGAGUAAUGCCAUUGUAAUGCUCUCGAUAUAUCCCACCGGUGGCAGACGCGGCGUCGGCGUGGCCGCAGCGGCCGCAAACCACCGAACGGUGCUGCCC